AUGCAUAAGCAUAUUUUCCUUCGUAUUGUCGAAGGUGUAACAACUGAAGAUGAUGGGUUUUUUACGCAAAAACCAGAUGCUAUUGGAAGGAUAGGUGCAUCUGCACUGCAAAAAUGCACAACGGUCAUCAGGAUGUUGGCAUAUGGUUCAUCCUCUGAUGCUGUUGACGAGUACCUGAAAAUUGCUUCAAGUACCGCUAGAGAAUGCCUUCUUCAUUUUGUCGAAGGGGUUGCUAGAUUUGGACCUGAAUACUUGAGGAAGGCAAAUGCAAAUGACAUUGAGCGUCUCCUACAUGAAGAUGGGCCCCGUGGCUUCCCAGGCAUGAUGAGAAGUAUCGAUUACAUGCACUGGAACUGGAAGAAUUGUCCUCGGGGCUAG